AUGGCCGCCACGAACAACCGCCCGUCCCUUUCCUCGACACGAAGCGGCUCGCCCUCGCCCGACACCCUCCCUACGCCAGCCAUCGGGGCCGUCUCCGAUCUCUCUCGCUACUCGUCCACAACCUCCUCUCUCUCCAACACCUCCAGCGCCGCGGAUGCGACGUCGCGCGGCUCGUCCAUGCACAGCAGUGAUCUCGCUACCCCGCGCAACGGCUCUCGACCGCCACCGCGCCAAAACUCCCACGGACACGAUGUGAAGCGACGGAGAGGGUACAUGCGCCCGCAGGCCACCGACUUUGCGGCCAGUGCCAAGUCGAGGGAGAGCGUCAUGAGUCUCGGCAGCAUUGCGCAUCUACAGUACUACUUUGCGCGCACAGGGUUGCUGGACGGCAAGGGGGGCCAGCUGGCACGCAAAAAGUCAAAGCACCCUGCCACGCUCGAUCUCUCGGCCCUCGAAGCAUCGGGGAGCGAAAAUGGAGGCCCGGGUACGGACCCUGACUCGUCGUAUGGCUCUGUCGACAGCAGCAGCCCCGACGUGGGCGCGCACCCGUACGGGAGCGGGUCCUUGACGGAGUCGCCGACGGACGAGGACGACGAUGCCUUUUCGGAUAGUUUUGCCGACUCCGAGUCGGGGAUGCUGCCACCGACGGUGAGCACGUACAACCACAAGGAGAAGGUCGUCCCCAAACCACCCACAAUCGUGGAACUCAAGGCCGAGCUGGACACCACACUGGCAGAGGCGGCCAAGGCGAUCAAGGAAGUCCAACAUAGAAAGGAGGGCACCUACGUCGAGCCGGCCGACGCGCCCCGGCUGCCCAACAUGCCCGACGAGAACACUCAGGGUUGGUUCGAGCUGCAGGGGAUGCAGAUCCUCGACGUCGUCACCCUCGCCAUCCGCGCGGCCAAAAUGUACUACACCGCCCACGAGAUGCCCGACCGACUCGACGCCAUCAAGUCGGAGAAGCAGGUGCGCGCCGACCUGCUCGCCGUAAUGGAGGUCCUCAAGCAGCAGGCGACCCGCCACUUCAAGGGCGGCAUGAAGGACGACGAGGUCAAGACCAUCAACGGCUGGAUCGAGAGUGUCUACGAAAUCCUCCGCAAGGAGGCCGCGAUCGAGGCGGCAGAGGAGGCGGAGCGCGCGAGCUGGACGUGGCUGGAGGGUGACUGGACCGGUCGGGAGCACGAGCGCGAGAGGGCCUUUCUCGGCUCCAUGGACCCCGAGGCCGCAUCGCUCCCCGCGUGGACACCCGUGUCCGAGGCAGCGCAGGUGCCGACGCCCUUUCUCGCAUCCUUCCAGAACGGCCUGCGCCUGGUGAAGCUCCACAACGCGGCGGUGCACAAGUCGAGGCGGCGCUUCGGCGCCAUCCCCACGUUCCACACGGACACACAGAAACCCUACCGCUGCGCCGACAACCUACGGUACUGGGUCAAGGCGGCGGAGCUGCGGUUCGAGAUACACCUGAGGGUCGACGUCAUGGGCAUCGUCAACAACAGCGGGCCCGAGGCGUGGGAGGCGUUUGAGGCCGCCAUCCUCCAAUGGUGCCGUCAUGUCCGAGAGGAGCUGGCCAGGGAGCUGGCGCGGUGA